UAUAUUUAGUAAGCCAGAAGCUCCCGCAGAGAGAACACGCGUCCCAAACCCCCAUGUAACCGAACACGUGCUUUCACGAAAAAAAAACAAUAGACAAAUAAUAACAAGAAGUGUCGAAAAAUGAACAAUAAAUUAAAGUGUUAUCAAGAUAAAAUCAAAUGACGUACUUCCAAUUGCAAAAGUGGAAUAAAAUUGGAGAAUUUUGUAAAUGAAACAUUCAACACACAACUGAAAAGGAAACCCGACCGGAAUACAUACACCCAGAUGGACUUUUAACCUUUGACCCGUACCUAUCAGACAUAAAACCAGAAGCCGAAGACGAUGACUACAUACCACUGCCUGAAAAUGACGAAACAAUAGAUGGUCUACCCAUAUUUUUAAUAGAACCGAAAAACGCAUAUGUCAUGAGAACAAAACCAGCCAGUCUUCUAUGUAGGGCUGCUAAUGCUUUAGAAGUAUUUUUCAAAUGUAAUGACGCUAGAAGUGUCAAAACUGUGCAGUUUGAACAUGUUGACCCUCAGAAUGGUGUGAGGGUAGUUGAAGCUGAGUUGAAUGUGACCAAAAAUGAGAUUGACGAUUAUUACGGCGGCAAAUUUGGAUGCGAAUGCCUUGCUUGGAAUAGUAAAGGAAGAAUUAGAAGUCAGGCGGUGUUCAUUGAAUAUGCAUACAUCAAGAAACAGUUUGUCCUGCAUCCCCAAUCAGCGACGAUCGAGGCGGGGCACAGCGUGACGCUGCGUUGCGUGCCACCGCCAGCUGCGCCGCCAGUGGAACUCAAAUGGACAAGGAACGGAGUGCCGCUGGACGUGAAGGAGAAUAUGCUACAGCUAACAAAUAUUGGGUUACAGGAUAUGGCCAACUAUACAUGUGUUGCUGAGAACAUUGCCGGCCGCCGGGAGUCUGAUGUUGCUGUCAUAUCAGUAUAUGUGAAUGGCGGCUGGUCGGACUGGUCGCCCUGGCUUCCGUGCCGCUGCGGCACCGCAACAAGCGGCCGCCGCCGCACCAGAACCUGCACCGAGCCUGCUCCAGCCAAUGGUGGGGCACCCUGUAGAGGUCAACAGUCACAGAAUGAUGAGGACUGCCUGAGCUGUCAAAGUGGAGCUUGGUCUGCCUGGGGCGGCUGGUCGUCUUGCAGUGAGGACUGCAUGAGGGUUCGGGGGCGGCAGUGCAUCAGUGGGCUGGUCUCGUCUUGUUCGGGCACGAGUCUGCAACACGCUGCCUGUGUUGAUGGAUUGUGUUCUACUGGGAUGAGGCUAAGUAAGAACAACCUCUCCCUCUACAUCGGCAUUGGCAUGACUGUCGUCAUUUUGGUGGUGGCGGCUGCAAUCUUGUAUGUUUGGUGUAGAUACAAAAAUUCAAGGCCAGGCUACAUUGCUGCUAGGUCAGGUAUCCCAAAGACGUAUCCUACCCGGGACAAAGCGGUCUCCGGGCCAGAUGUGACCAGGUCCUGCAACGAGUACUGGAUGCAGGGCCCUGACAACCAUUACGAUAUGCCGCAUGUGCGAGACAGCUACUCGUCGCCCUUCGGCAACCGGACCCGGCAACCCUCGUCGGCCGGAAGCAACCACUACGAGAUGAAACCCUACAGCCCUUCCGGCGACUCCGCGUCUAGUUGCUACACUAACUCCAGAACAAUGACGUCACGCUCCAGCGAGUGCUCCUCCCAGCUCGCGGAGUUGGUGACGUCAUCACCCAGCUCCGCGAAAGUCGACGUCGCCGUCACGCUACCGGCAGUUCCUCUGGACUCCAGUUACAGGGAAAAGAUAUGCCUUACUGUUGUCAAAUAGACUGUUGUUACGUAGUAUCAGAGUAAAAUAUAAUGUAACAGUUGUAUUUGGUUCGUUACCAACCAAAUAUGCUCGCUUGGAUAGCAAUCGGCCGUUAAUAAUUAGCAAUAGGCAUCUAAAUCAAUUGAGGCAUUAGCCUCCAACACUUCACGUGUCCGGUGAAAUAACAAAGGCGCUGGAACCGACUAAGUUUAAAAAAUAGAGACAUGUUAUCUUCUCACUUACAGGCAGCAACUUCCUGAUCGGUUAUUCAGAAUAUGAAGGGCAAAAGCUGACAAUCGCGAAUAACUGAUAGGCCGAUAUCGUCCGGCGAACUGGAAAUCAGGUGCCCCUUAAGAUCGUCCUGUUAGCAAACAAAACAUUUGGUUAGCUCGCAAAAAUUCUUACAGCUAUUACGUUAAGAUAUAAUUAGCGUCGGUAUUUGUUAAAUAUGUAUUGUGCUUUUUCUUUUGUAAGGUGAAAUAUUAAUAUGAGCAAGGAUUGGUAGCCUAUUGUAAUAAAGUGUAUGUUACAGGAUUGUCUUAAAUACGUAAAGGGCCUAUGUUCAAGUUCAAUUUUUUUUAUUAUAAAAAUUGUGUUAUUGGUAUACCAAUAUAUGUAUGUCAUAACAUAAAACAAACAUAUGCUUAUUUUCAGAUUGAUAAAAUAUUUAGAUUCAUAACAAGCUCAUGUUUUUUUUACUAGUUAGUCAUUGGUUAUUUAUGUAAUAAUCGAAAACAUUAUUAUACCUUUGUAAUUACAACACUAAUAACUCAGCACAAUGACGGCGCGUCCAGCAAUUUGCCAUUUUCGUUAUUUGGGGUCAAGAGAGAGUAACAGCCCUUUUGCAAUAGACUAAUUGGAAAAGGCCGGAUGCUUGCGGGUAAUAACUUCCGCGAUAAACUGUGUCUAGGGCCGCUACUAGGCAUGCGCCGAAGUCAUAGUAAUUGGCGAUUAUAUUUCUAGCGACGUUUCUCGUCACGGAACCGAAGAGAGAUGGUACUUACAAUAAAUUAUGGACGCUAUUAAAAUUACGAGUACUUUAGUACGUGUCAAAUUCUAGCACAAACGUAGGUUUGAAUUUUAAACCUUUGAAAUGCAGAUAAAAUAGUUGUAUGAAUCAAUGACGGAGUUACUUAAAUAAACGAAUCAAAACACUCGUACUUAAACAUGCGUGUAUAGGUAGUAUCUUUUCCAAUUGUGGCCAAAUAUUGCAACGAUUUUAUUUAGCUAUGUGCAAUUGUGUAGUGUGAUCUGUUUACAGUUGCCGAAAAUAAUUAAACUUGUAAAAUGGAGCGUCGAGUCCCUAGUUUAAAUUACUUGAUUUUAUUUAUUUUUCUAAGUUGAAAGUUUUAUACAACGCCAUUCUGUAUCUCUGGCUAAAGGGUUUGUUACGCUUUCCUGAAUUUACUAACUAACGAUAGGGACACAGUAUACACACUAUACAUUAGACACUUUUGAAACAAGUAUAGAUCAUGUCAUUUACGACGACGUGUGUCUUGACUCGUAAUGUCAUGUUUUUAAGAAGAGAUUUGACAAAUCUGCGCGUCAUCGUGGAUGACACGAACUGUUUGAUAGUAUAAGGUAUUUAUUUAUUUGCACACCUUUUAGUUCUUAGUUCUACGUAUUGUCGGUUUGUUAUAGUUAUUGUUUGUAUCUGCACAUUUAUUACAAAUCUGUGAAUUGUUUCACAUUUAAUAAAAAAAAAAUACAGAUAACCAAUUACUCGCAAAGUAUCCGUUUAUUUUCUUAUAGGGUCAAAUUAAGUUAAAAAGACUACAAUAAGUAUAUUGAUGCAUUUUUUUUAUAACCAAUCAUGUCUAUUCAGAUAAAUUGGUGUAACUCAGUAUCAGAUAUCUCUGUAACUUAAUGAACAACAUCAAGUCAGAGCCCGCUUCUGAAUUAAUUUUCUUUUUCUGAAACUGUUGUGGAUUUGAGCUGACAGAUCAAAUAUUAUAACAACUUCAUAACAAUUAAUUCAAAUCAGAAUCGGGCUCUUGGAAAUAGUUAUUUAUGGAUUUAACCUUAAAUUCGAUAGGUGACAUUUUUAUGUCGUCAAAUAUCUUCGUGCAUUUAAAUUUAAAAACACCUGUUUGUACGAAAAAUUAAAUUGCGUAUGUAAAAUUUAGUAUUUAUGUAAUUACGUUUGAACUGUUUUAAUGUAUUCUGAUAAAUACAUUGCAUUUAUUUGUAAGCGAAAUUGUAUAUAGUAUUCGAAUAAACUGUGAUAUUUAAUAAAAAAAAUUAAGAAGCUGUAAUGUUGGUUUCUACUUGCAUUUUAUCGACCUGAGUGAUAUAAAACAGAAGGAUAUUUAAUUUAGAGCGCCAUUAAAGCUAUAUCCGACCACCCACUAAAAGUGAUAUAUCAAAACCUUUUAAGAUCGUAUAAGAGCCAGGCACGGCGUAUUUAUAGUAUUCGACUUAUGACUGACGUCUGUUCCUUGCAUUCAAGUAAGAUAGUAUAACCGUAUAACUAUAAUUAAUAAACAUAAUAGUGAUGACUUCUUAUUA